AUGACUACUCAAAUUGGUGAUGAUUUGGCUGGUGAUUCAACAGAUGGUGAAUCGAUCGUUCAUAUACCAUCUGACAUUUUGGUUAAGAACUCUGAGACAGCUUUGGAUGACCUCAUUGAUUUCGUGUAUCCAGAUAUGUUAUCCAAUUUAUCCGUUGAAAAUUAUUUCAAGGAUAAAGCAAUUGUUGCACCAACUUUGGAUUGUGUCACUGAUGUCAACAACAAGAUGAUUGCAAGGUUACCUGGACAAGAAAGAGUCUACUUAAGUUCAGACUCUGUGUGUGCUGAGGAGGAAAAUAUAGAAUUUAAGUUAGAUGCUUUCUCGCCGGAGAUUCUAAAUGGAAUAAAUUGUUCAGGUCUACCACCACACAAGUUGGUUCUGAAGGUUGGCGCUCCUGUUAUGUUACUGCGGAAUAUAGACUAA